GGUUCUGAAGUUCUGUGUGUUUUUUUUGUCUAUCUGUGUGAACUAAUUCUUCUUUUUUUUCAAUCAAACAAACCAAACGAUAGCGUACGUUGUUUUUUUUUGGUCAUUAGAAUGAAAUAAUCUGCGAUCAUUUAGUUGAAACAAUUUUCUAACAGGUAGAUAAUAAGGUGUCAUGGAUUUCCAGAACCGUGUUGGAGGGAAAACUGGGUCAGGAGGAGUGGCCUCCUCUUCUGAGACCAAUAGGGACCGCAGGGAAAGACUGAGACAGCUUGCGCUGGAAACUAUAGACCUAAAUAAGGACCCAUAUUUUAUGAAGAAUCAUUUGGGAUCAUAUGAAUGUAAACUAUGUCUGACACUACACAACAAUGAAGGCAGUUACCUAGCACAUACACAGGGCAAAAAACAUCAGGCCAAUCUGGCUCGAAGGGCGGCCAAAGAAGCAAAGGAAGCACCUGCCCAGCCUGCUCCAGAAAAACCUCGAGUUGAUAUCAAAAAGUUUGUUAAAAUUGGUAGACCUGGUUAUAAAGUAACCAAACAAAGAGAUCCUGAGUCACAACAACAAAGUUUACUAUUUCAGAUUGACUACCCUGAGAUCGUAGAGGGGAUCAUACCUAGACAUAGAUUUAUGGCAGCUUACGAACAAAAAGUUGAGCCUCCAGACAGGCGAUGGCAAUAUCUCUUGUUUGCAGCAGAACCUUAUGAAACCAUUGCUUUCAAGGUUCCCAGCAGAGAAGUUGACAAAGAUCCUAAAAAAUUGUGGAGUCAUUGGAACAGAGAAACAAAACAGUUUUUCCUGCAGUUUGCAUUCAAAGUAGAGGCAAAGUUACCACAGCCUCCUCCAGCACCACCAAAGAGGGAACCACCAUCUCAGCCUCCAAUUUCCGAGGAGGAAAGAGAAGGCCCAUCUGGAGGUGGUCCACCCCCCAUGCAGAUGCCUCCUCCUCCAAGAAUGCCUCCCCCUCCUCCAAGAAUGCCACCGCCUCCAAUGGCAGGUGGGCCACCAGGAAUGGCACCAAUGCAAAGACCUCCAGUUCCUCCUGGUCCGCCCCCUAUGGCUCCACCCCCUAUGCCGCCUAUGGCUGGAGGUGGUCCUCCAGGACCCCCUGGAAUGGGAGCUCCUCCUCCACCACCAGUUCCUCCGCCUCCGCCAAUGUCUGGAGGCGGGCCUCCAGGAAUACCAGGAGGUGGGCCUCCAGGAAUACCAGGAAUGGCUCCUCCCCCUCCACCACCCCCAUCAUCAUAAAUAUAGUUAUGACUGUCAUGAAACAUGUGGACCAUCUGUAUUAUCAAGGACAUUGAUUGAAAGAAUAAAAGUGAUCAAAGUAAUCUCUACUGUUAAGUAAAUGUACUGUAAAUAUUUGUGUAUAUUAAAUCAAUGGACAGGAAGAAAAAAAAACUUGGUAAAUUUGAAGCCUCAGUAAAGAUUUUUAUUAAA